AAUUCAGUUUCUAAUUGCUUAGUUUAUCAAAGACCUUCUCCAAACCUUAAAUUUCUUAAGUUGGACUCAAAAUAAAAAUGGAACUCAUAGAAAACCUUAGAGCAUUGGAGAAUCUCAACGACAACAACCAUGAUAUCAUGGCUUUCUCCGGCGAAAGCUUUCCGGCUGAUCAUCAUCAACAAUAUCAACAGCAUCAAACACCUCAGCUUCCUAUCAACUUAUUCACUGAUAUUAAUACUCAAAGCUUUUCUCAUCCUGAUCAUGACCAUCCAAAUACUUUCCUAAUUGAUCACUCAAUGGCGCUCAGUACUACUAAUGAUCACUUUGGCAACCGAAUCAAGAAAGAAAAGAGGAUAGGAGGAAGAAAAAGAAAGAGAAACAUUAAUGAGAAAGGGAGGGAAAAAUCUAAUGAAGUUAUUCAUGUAAGAGCAAAGAGAGGUCAAGCUACUGAUAGCCACAGUUUGGCAGAAAGGGUAAGAAGAGAGAAAAUAAAUGAGAGGUUGAGAUGUCUUCAAAAUCUGGUUCCAGGAUGUUAUAAGACAAUGGGAAUGGCAGUGAUGCUGGAUGUGGUUAUCAAUUAUGUUCAAUCUCUGCAGACUCAAAUUGACUUUCUAUCUAUGAAGCUUUCUGCUGCAAGUAUGUACUAUGACUUCAAUUCCCCAAAUAUGGACGCCAUGGACAUGAUGCAGGGAACAAAUGCGUCUGAGGUGCAAGAGAUGGAGAAAAUGAUGAUGAGAGAAGGGUAUGGAGGGGUUUCAUAUUUCCAUUCAACAUGGCCCCUUUGACUACAAAGCUUUAUUACAAGAAGUGCGGAGAAAAUGACCAAAUUUUCUGUACCCAAAUAAAACUUAAUUAAUCUUAAUUGAUUAAUAAUAUAUAUAUAGAUAACCCGUGAGCCAAUAUUGUUGUUGUUCUUGAGUGAUCGACAAUCCGAAGAAGAAUGGGUGAUUUGUCUUUUUAUUUUAUUUUUAUUUUUUCCUUUUCUUUUCUAAGUUGUGGUUAAAGUUUUAAAAUUAUUUCCCAACAAGAUCUACGGGACAUGAUAUACAUGUCCGGUGAGUAGGAUUACCGCCUCACUCUUUCUUCGUUUUUUGUGACCGACACUUUUGAAUUUGUGUGACUUGCGGAACAUUAUGCCAAAUUAGUAUUUGUAUCUUAUCCUUAAUUUUUAUCAUUAAUUUUUAUCAG